AUGGCUCCUCCAGACCUAAACUCUCUUCCUCCCUCCAGAUCGACGUCUUCCUCACCCAUGCAGCCCCGCUCCAUGCAGACUACCAACAUCCCUCCAAACCGCCAACAAACUCCCUCUCCUCGCAGUUCCUCCCUAUCUCUCGCUGCUGCCGCCGUCACCAAUGCCGCAAAUGAGUCCAGAAGAUCUUCUUUGAGCAACAGAGGAUCUCCUCGCUUGGGUCGGAUGCCUAGUGACCGCCGCCGCUCGCAAGUUGCCAUAAAUCUCAACCUGAAUGACCCUUCUAUUCCCAGUCCUGGCGAACUGUCCAGCAGCGACCCGAGAAUUGGGUUUGGUCACAGCUACGCCUCGGCCAGUCCGCCAACGAUCGGCGGGAGGUCUGCCAUAGCCACAGGUGAUCCGCACCAUCAACGUCAACCGAGUCUCGGGGAAAUCCAUAAUGAGCUGGAACAGGAGCAAGAGGCACAAGUGAACCGAAUGCUGCAGAUGAUCCGGGAACAACAGCUGCAACUUGACGCUCUCCGAAACAGUCAAGGCCAGAACGGCCAUCAUUCCCGACAUUCCUCACAGCCCAACUCGGCCCUGCCAGGUAACAGUACCGCCGUGGUCGACGAUGAAACACCCGCCUCCGAACGCUCGAUAACCUUCCCAUCAGUCCACCCCGCAGUGCCCACGGUCCCCACGCUCACAAGACGCAUCUCGCGCGGGCCGUCGAGCGCAAGCCGGUCGCCAGCCCUGAGACCACUGCAUGGCCAGCAGGAAUCAAGCAUUGGCAAUACCACAAGUGGUGAAUGGCCCCCAUCGCCUCUCGAGUCAAUGAGCACAGCACGGAGAAACAGUUUCCGCGACGAGACCGCCUUCUACCAGGCCGAGACCGCCAACUUGACUCGCGAGAACCAGAUGCUGAGAAUGCGCAUUCGCGAUCUGGAAAAGCAGAUUAGUGAACUGACUGCGUCUCCCGCAAACACGCCCGCCACCCCUUCGAAUCUGGUCAGCAGCAGCAGUAUACCAGGGACGGCUGCUCUGGAAGAGGCUUCUGCUGCCGCCGAGGUGGCAAGGGUUACCGUCGAGCCGGACAAGGCCUGA